UGUCCUGAAGCAGCAGUUUGGUGGGUAACUGAGAAAUGGAGCAGAAUGUGAUGCGUUCAGAGUCCGUGGAGAUGUUGGUUUUCCAGCCUGCUGAAGCCUGGCAAAGUGUCACUGCAGCUCUGGUGUCUCCUGGCUGUUCCCUGUCGGACCAGACUCUGUCUGAGUUGCUGCUCUGCCUCGGGGGUGUCGGUCUGGAUCGCUUGCUGAGUGCCUGGCUCUUGGAGACCAUGCAGAUGAAUCUGAGCUCCUCUGUGGUUCCGGAGUUCUGGUCUGGACUUAAACAGCCAGAGAAUGAGGUGGAGGAAAAAGGCAGGGCCUGGGUUCUCCUCACUGCAUUUCGCACACUGUUGGACAGACUGGAACCCUUUUUGGGUGGUUUACAGAGAUUGGGAACAUGGCAGGAUGAAUGCCGGGGUGGUCUCUGUGGCCCGGGGCCCAAGGUCCUGCAGGAGCAAGCCUUCACCAUCAUCAGGGCCCUCCUCCUCUUCUCUCCCGACCCUGUUCUCCAGGACAAAGUGUUGGAGUUUUACAACAGGACCUUCUCUGUCUACAUGAACCAGGAAGGGGAAGCAGAGGAUGGUGCUGAGGUUCCUGACAGUGGUACCUGCCCCGGUUGUGGUGUCUCAUCGCAGCAGUGCUGGUGUCAAGAUGCUCUGGAACAACUGCAAGAACUCAGCCACAUUCUUUCCAAACUUCAGCUGCUGGAGUGGGUCAGUUCCGAGGCCGUCACCUCCAUCCUCCAUAAACUCAUCGAGCAGCGAAUGGAGCAGCACUGCAGAGGCGAGUAUGAGCGCUCCUUCCUGCUGGAGUUCCAGGAGUGGCUGGAGCUUGUACUUGGCUGGCUGAGCAAAGUGUUUGUGAGCGAGGCGGAUGGAGGCGGGCCGGUCCCUGCUCCCGGCGAUGCUCUCCGUGUCCAGCCCACCAGUUCUGUGCUGAAGCAGUGGAGAUGCCACAUGCACCAGUUUUUCUGCAGGAUCUACGUCAACAUGAGAAUCGAGGAGCUCUUCAGCAUCAUCAGAGAUUUUCCAGAGUCUAAAGCUGCUAUAGAAGACUUGAAGUUUUGUCUGGAGAGAACAAACCAGAGACAACAGCUCCUCACGUCGCUCAGAUCUGCUUUUGAAAGUCGUCUGCUCCACCCGGGUGUUCACACCUCUGACAUCCUCACAGUUUAUAUCUCAGCCAUCAAGGCUCUCAGAGAGCUGGACCCAUCCAUGGUCAUCCUGCAGGUCGCCUGUCAGCCGAUCCGCAAGUACCUCCGGACUCGGGAGGAUACAGUGAGGCAGAUCGUGGCUGGUCUGACUGGAGACGCAGAGGGCUGCACCGACUUGGCCUCAGAGCUGUCCAGAGGAGACCCAGUUACUCUGGAGAUGCAGGAAAGUGAUGAAGAGGGCAGUCACCCAGAAGACUGGACUCCUGACCCAAUCGAUGCAGUUCCUGAUAAGACGGGCUCGAAGCACCGCUCCUCAGACAUCAUCAGUCUGCUCGUCAGCAUCUACGGCAGCAAGGACAUCUUUAUUGACGAGUACAGAGGAGUCCUGGCCGACAGACUGCUGCAGCAACUCAGCUACAACCCCGCCAGGGAGAUUCGUAACGUGGAGCUGCUGAAGCUUCGCUUCGGAGAGUCGCACAUGCAUUACUGCGAGGUCAUGCUGAAGGACAUGGCCGACUCCCGGAGGAUCAAUACGAACAUCAGGGAGGAGGAGUCAAGGCUGAGUGAAGAGGAGCAGCCGCCGCUGCCCUUGUCAGCCAUCAUUUUGUCGUCUGAGUUCUGGCCUUCUCUGAAAGAGGAGAAACUGGAGCUUCCUCCCCUCGUCUGCCAGGCCAUGGAGGCCUACACGCGCCGCUAUGAGAAACUAAAGGCUAUGCGAACGCUGAGCUGGAAGUCUCGCCUCGGCUCAGUCACAUUGGACGUGGAGCUGGAAGACCGCCUCCUCACCAACCUCACUGUCUCGCCCAUUCAUGCCGCCAUCAUCCUCCACUUCCAGGACAAAAGUUCAUGGACGCUGGAGGAGCUGAGUGGGAAGCUGGCGGCCCCGAAGGAGCUGGUGCACAGAAAACUGGCUUUGUGGCAGCAACACGGCGUGCUGCGGGAGGAGGCAGGCGGGCGCUACUAUGUCGUGGAGACGGGCUCAUCCAAAGAGAAGGCAGAGAGGAGCGUGAUGCUGAUCGACAGCGAUGAGGAGAGAGACUCCAACACCACCACACAGUCCGAGCAGCGGGAGGAGAGGCUGCAGCUGUUCUGGGCCUACAUCCAGGCCAUGCUGACCAAUCUGGACACCAUGACCCUGGAUCGUAUCCACUCCAUGCUGCGGCUGUUUGUGUCCACGGGACCCGUCAUCACUGAGAUGGACAUCGGCGAGCUGGAGGCCUUCCUGCAGAGGAAAGUCAGAGAGCACCAGCUGCUGUUUUCUCUCGGCGUUUACAGACUUCCCAAAGCCAACUGACGGACCGCCAACCACCUCAGUGUCACGCGGCAUUCAAGGUCCUCAUGGGAAAAAAACAAACUAUAGUUCUUUGGUG